CCGGUGCCCGCGGGCGCUGCCGCUUCCAGCGGAGGGCAUGCGAAUACCGGGAGCUCCCCACGGCGGGGAGGGGGCGGAUGGACUCCCACAGGCCAUAUCCUGCCGGCGCUGAGCCUGCGAUUUCAGGAAACAAACUCAAGAGGAUGAAGCCUAAUAAAGGAAAGACUUUAACUAGAGAGAGAGACUAUGUGUACAAAUUCAGUGCCGGAAAUGAACAUUUGGUGAUUACCGUGCCUCUCAAAUUCCCUGUGCAAGAGAAUAUCAGUCAUUUACAUGGACGUCUGAUGGUUCUGCACAACCUGCCAUGCUUUAUAGAAAAUGACCUGAAGCAAUCUCUUAGUAAAUUUGUAGAAGAGGAAACCAUAAAAGAUUAUGACAGAGAAGCUGAAAUGGCUCUGGAAGCAGUGAAAUCAGGAAAAGUAGACAUCAACCAGCUGGUAGAUACUUGGGCUAAAGCAUAUAAAGAGACAACAUUAGAACAUGCCAAACCUGAAGAAACCAGCUGGGAUGAAGAUUUUGCAGAUGUUUAUCAUGAUCUGAUCCAUUCUCCAGCUUCUGAAAUGCUGUUAAACCUGGAACACAAUUAUUUUGUUAGCAUUUCAGAAUUAAUAAGUGAAAGGGACGUGGAACUGAAAAAACUACGUGAGAGGCAAGGAGCUGAAAUGGAUAAGGUGAUGCAGGAGCUUGGGAAGUCGCUGACUGACCAGGAUGUGAAUUCCUUAGCAGCUCAGCAUUUUGAGUCUCAGCAGGAUUUGGAGAACAAAUGGACCAAUGAAUUAAAGCAGACUACUGCUAUCCAGAAGCAGGAAUAUCAGGAGUGGGUGAUAAAGCUUCAUCAGGACCUAAAGAAUCCCAACAACAGCUCAGUCAGUGAUGAAAUUAAAGUUCAGCCCAGCCAGCUGAGGGAAUCUGUGGAAGGAAAUGGGAGAAUCUAUGAAGAGCAAAGGCUGUUAGAAGAGAGCUUUACUAUUCAUUUAGGAGCUCAGCUGAAGACCAUGCACAACCUGAGGCUGCUGAGAGCUGAUAUGUUGGAUUUCUGCAAACACAAGCGCAAUCACCGCAGUGGGGUGAAGCUGCACAGGCUUCAGACUGCAAUGUCCCUCUACUCAACUUCCUUAUGUGGCCUGGUGUUACUGGUGGAUAACAGGAUCAGCUCAUACAGCGGAAUCAAGAGAGAUUUCGCAACUGUUUGCCAAGAAUGCACAGAUUUCCAUUUUCCUGGAAUCCAAGAACAACUUGAAAUUGUCCAGAAAGUUGUACUUAAGGCCAGAGCACAGCGUAGCAGCAAGACAAAAAGACACCACGAAAACAGAAUCAGUGGGAAUGAAGAUAAACUAAAGAAUAUUGAACGAAACCAGUCAAACAUUUUACCGGGAGAGUUCUACAUCACACGGCACUCAAACCUCUCAGAAAUCCAUGUUGCCUUUCACCUGUGUGUGGAUGACGUCCGGUCUGUGAACGUGACCGCCCGGGACCCGGCCAUCAUGGGGCUCAGGAACAUCCUCAAGGUCUGCUGCACACACGACAUCACCACCAUCAGCAUUCCCCUCCUGCUGGUGCAUGAAAUGUCAGAAGUUUCUGCCGUACCACAUGGUACUUGUAUCUACAUGGUGACCCAAACUAAGGAGCUAGACCAGUUAAAAACAUCUCAGCCAGCUAAAUCACUCGAAGUUUUCAUUCCCACUCCUCCUUUUGGACAAUUCACUUCCUGGAUCCAUCUCACUGCAGUGGUACAAGUAUUAAUAGAAGAUGGAACUACACAGCUGGAAGCUCUUGCUUAGAAACUCUACCUUCAGAGUUGCUGAUGCAGUAGUGAUACCAGAUUCCCUCUUUUAAUUAUCAUUAGCUGUAAAUAUUAAAACUAAAUUUUGGGAGCAGCAGAACUGGCAAAGCUCGUCUUAGAGUUCUGUAAAUCUAAACACUGCCUUUACCUUCUGUAAAUCUUCUACCACCUCAGCCCUACACAAAAGCAACCAAAUUUCACCUUCACAUUGAACUGUCUCCUCCUUCGCUGCCCAAUUUCUGUCCCUGUUUCCUCUCUAAGUCCCCUCAAAUACUGUCUGGGCAAGAGGCAGCAUAUUGCUGAUGCUCUUUGUGUUCUUACUUAACUGUGCUCAGUUUUUUAUUUUCUUCUGUAGUGGCACUCUGAUGUAGGGCUUGUCUCUCAAUCAGCUGUAACAUUUCUGUUACAGUGCGCAGCAAUUUAAAACUAUUGGCAGCCUCUUUUCUCUGUCACAACUGGCUAGCAGAGAAGAAAAGGGAUGGGAAGGCAGGGAGUACAGCCAUACCUUAUAUCCUGAAGAGCUGGACAGUCUGUAAACCUAAGAAAUGAGAAAAGGAAGAUAAUUCUGUCACCCAUGUAAGGAUAUCAGUAAUAAUUAGUCUGUUGGAGAGGUUUCUUUUUUAAAUAACUCUUUGAUUUUUCACUUUUAGAUUCAAUAUUGCCUUUCCUUUGUGGAAAGUGGCUAACUCACAGCAAGAUAAAUACUCACCAGUGGAUUACCUUUAACAGUGACACGUUUUAUAAUAGAAUUUACUGGAACACAGAGCAGAAGUCACCCUUUUUUGCAGGAUCAGAGUCUAUUACUGUGAAAAAGGUAAAAAGACACAAUAAUGAAACUUCUAAAGGAUAUAUUUCCAUACAUAAAAGUAGACUUUUAGGAACAGAUUAGAUUUUUAAUGAAAUUUUUCAUCUGUUGUACUGAGAUCUUUUCUUUGGGCACAAAUGCAAGUAAUCAACAUGCAGGACAGCAGCCUGGGUCACUGAUGGGACCCAGCUGCUGUGUUUCAGAAAUUUAUUAAAUAUAUUGGCCUUUUUUUAA